AUGUAUGGGCGCAAGUCCACCUGUGGAUGGCAUCGAAACAAAUCCCCCGCCAUAAACCUAGCCAAGUCCCGCCGCGGCCAAGUCCCCAAAGUCAGGCGGGAGAAGGCCAGGCUUGGCGCAGAGCCGAACGUGAGCCGUGGCUUGGCGUUUAUGAGCCUCGGACUCUUCCACGAGGAUGGACAUCGCAAGCCAACUACCAACGACCAGCCAACCAUCACACGCCUUAUCGCAUGGUGGGGUAUGCAGCACGGUUGGAUGGGUUUCAGCUUUCUCUCUAAGCCUGAUGCGAAAAAUAGUGGCAUCAUUAUCGGUCGGGUUCCGUGA